UAAAAUUAAAAUUUGGUAAAGAUAAUCUUGUAUUUUCAAAACAGCUUUUCGCAGAAGCUCCAAAUCGGAACUUCUGCUUUUAUGUUAUACAAAAGCGUUUUUCGGUUUUUCAAAAACCGAGUUUUAGAGGUGUUUGGCUCUGCUUCAGCUUUUGAAGCCGAAAAGCACUUCUAAAAGUCGGGCCAAACAUAGGCAUAAUAAAAUGCAGCACAAUACCGUGCCGGCUGGCUUUUAGCGGUUGAACCAGCGACCCACUUAAUAUCGGCCGGGUUAAGUUGUACCGAUCAACCAGUGAACAAACAAAAAAAGAGACUGCAGACCCAAAAUGACGUCGUUUUAUCAAGUGAAGGGGCAAAAUAAAGAAACAAGAAAUCUUCGUCUGCAGUUUGCAAAACCCUAUCUUCUCCCGCACGAGCCGAUCUCCACCGCCGACUGCGAACCGAGCUCCACCGCGACGCGACUACACCACGAGUUGAACUCCACCGCGAACUUCUCCAGCCGGCGAAACUUCUCCAGUCUGCUACACGUGAAGGUUAAUAAGCACUUUCCUUCUUUCCCUUGAAUGCCCUGUUCUGUUGAUCCUGGCUUGAUGGCAUAAAUUGAUAUAGUUGAUCGAUAUAGAUAAUGAUUCCUUUUUUGAGUUAACCAAAGGCGGAUAAUUGAUAUAUCUAAUCGAUUUAAAGGCAGAAGGGGACUUGAAAAUUUAUAUAGCUAAUCCACUCGGUUGAAUUUAGAUCUGGAAGUUUGUGAUGGUUCUCCCUAACUUAUAGUUAUUAGUUUGUUUGGAGGAUCGAUGUGAAGGGAGAACUGUAGGAACCAGUAGGCCAUGGGCAUGAGCAAUGAAGGAAAUGUAUAAUUUUGAAGAGGAAUUCAAUCCCUCAAUGAUGUAGAAGAUGUUCAGAACCCUUUGGUUUGAUAUCACCAAUCCAUUGUUUGAAAACCAGAGACUAGAACUGCUACUACCUAUAUCUCUGCAAAGCUCACCUCUAUAUCUAAUAAGCCAUCAACGACUACACAAAUGGCAAAGCAAUGGAUGCCUAUGAAGGUAAUACUAAUAAGAACUAACAUGUACCGUAAUGAAAUCACAAAGUUAAAGUUUGUAGGUAAUGAGCUAAACUUAGCUAUCCAUUCUUCUUAUGUGAAACAAUUAUAUAUGAAUUGUUAAAGUUCAGUGGCCAAACUGAAGAAAUGAAUAAAGUUAACUCACUGACUAGGGAAACUGAUAAAAAAGUUUCCUACAGAAGAAGCUCAGCUUCAGCUACUGAACCGUCGGAAACACAUUUGACACUGCCGCGGGAACAAUGAUUCUCCGCUGCUGCCGCCUGCCGGCCUUUUCUCUCGUCCCCCCACCGGCGGCCCGAGAUUUCUGCCCUCUAAAACACUAUUUGAAAUUCUCAGUUGGAAGAUUUUCUUCGUCGGGCUCACAAGGUCAUGUCUCGGCUUCAAAGGCUGCAAAACCGUUGGUCUCGGACCCGGCGAGGUCUGUUCGCACGGUUCUCUUCGUUCCGCCGGGAGUGGAGCUGGAAGAGGUGAGGGAGGACAUGGUUUUGCCCGGUUCGAAUAUCGUGGUCGGACCAUACGCGGGUCACUCACAGAUAAAGGAAGUGCAAUUCGUGAAGAGCAGCCCGCGGGCGAAGGAUUGCCCCAAAGACGAUAAACCGGAGUUCGCCAUUGUAGGGAGGUCUAAUGUUGGCAAGUCUUCCCUAAUCAAUUCCUUGGUUCGGAAGAAAGAACUUGCUCUUACAUCCAAAAAGCCAGGGAAGACCCAAUUGAUAAAUCAUUUCUUGGUUAAUAAGAGUUGGUACCUUGUGGAUUUGCCUGGUUACGGAUUUGCUAAAGCUCCAGAUGCAGCUAUAAUGGAUUGGUCUGCCUUCACAAAGGGCUACUUUCUGAACAGAGAAACGCUUGUUGCAGUUCUACUACUCAUUGAUGCGAGUGUUCCGCCUCAAAAGAUCGAUCUAGACUGUGCAAACUGGCUCGGUCGCAACAAUAUACCAUUAACGUUCGUGUUCACCAAGUGCGACAAGGUAAAAGGUGGGAAAGGAACUAGGCCAGAUGAGAACGUAAGGAAUUUCCAAGAGUUGAUCGAUAAGAACUAUCGGCAACAACCGCCGUGGAUCAUGACGAGUAGUGUCACAGGGUUUGGAAGGGAUGAGCUUCUCUUGCAUAUGUCACAGCUUAGGAACUUCUGGGAUCAGUAACUGGUGUUAAGUUUAAAAAAGAGAACUGAUGCGACAUGUAUUGUAUUCAUACUUUCCACCGACUUUUUAAGAUAUUUUUUUGACAAGUAACUUGUUCAAAUAUGGUGCGAAUGCCAGUUGCCAUCUCUAUCGGAAAACAACUCUCCACAAGGAAAUCAUUAUCAUCCCACUGGUUCGUGGCUUCAUCAAUUAAUUUCCUUACCGUCGUCGCUUCCACAGUAAAGGUAUAUAGGUUUGUGUACAGCCAUUGGCCAAUCUAUCAAUCAAUAAUAAGAAAACACAAAACGGAGACUAGUCCCGUACUUAUGGGAAUACCACGUGUGUCUCUACGUUUUCGCACUAAAUCUCGUUUUUCUCAUGCAUUGUACUACCAAAAUUUAACAUAAAUUGUAAUUGAACUG